AUGCCAUCCAUAAAAGUUAUCUGCGUUCUUAACAUGUCACGCAAACACCUCGUGCGUAGCCAGAAAGUUGGAUUUCCUGGCGUAGCCGAGGCCAUCAUAUCUCAUACGUCAGGGCAUCCAACAUUCUGGUCGUGGGUUGUAUACUAUUUUUCUUGCUCUCCACCCGAAAGUACGCAACUCCGUGGAAGGGGUUUUGCAAAACCGAGGCGAAGCCGAGACUUUGCUAGUCGGGGCGGACAAAAAAAAAAGUAA